AAUGUUGAGAAUUCUUCACUCUAAAAAUUGAUAAUCCUUUGUGGUAGUUUUCUCAUGGAGAACAUUGACUUUUGUGAAUGCAGAUAGAUUAGUUAACCCACGACAGUUCUGGUUAAAGUUUGGUAUAUGGGAUGUUAUGGGUAACUAAGAAGUUGAGCUAACAGUUCUUACACCUGACACAGUUUUGGUAUAAAACUCCCACAUGCAACAUCUGCAGCAUACGCUCAAAAAACAUCCCUAAACACUUGCAAAGUUCAUGUCUUCAACCAUGACUACUUUCGGUUUGUCAACAGUGGUUUUUUCAGUUCUUGUUCUAACAUUAUUGUCUGCAAAUAGCCACACAACGGUUGUCGGAGCCCGCAAUCUUCUAGAACCAACAUUAUCUAAGCCAGAAAUGCCACAACUUCCCAAUGUUCCUCAGUUACCUAAGGUUUCAGAAAUAUCCAAAAUUCCUGAAUUACCUAAAAUUCCUGAAAUAACCAAACUUCCUGAGUUACUAAAGAUUCCAGAAUUACCCAAAGUUCCUGAGUUAUCUAAGGUUCCAGAAUUACUCAAAAUUCCUGAGUUAUCUAAGAUUCCUGAAAUAACCAAACUUCCUGAGUUACCAAAAGUUUCAGAAUUACCCAAAAUUCCUGAGUUACUUAAGAUUCCUGAAUUUCCUAAAGCAUUUCCAGCUACCCAUCCUUGAGCUUGAAUUAUGUGUCUUGCAGUCUUGUCCUCUGGUCUAUAUUGCAAUGCCUAGUUCAUUUUGUUUGAUGAAUGUUAGAUUAUUUGUUGCAAACUACUUGAGUUGUUGUAAUGGUUUACUUGUAUAGUUUUGAAUCGUACUAGAAGUUAUGUUCAGUUUUAUAGUUGUUUAAAUCCUUCAUGUGUCAGUUGUUAUGAAUUCAAUAAGAUUGUAGUAUCUAAAAUCUCAGUAUAACGUUCUAAAUCUUGUGCUUUUAGUUUA